AUGCCUAGGGUUUCCUUUCUCUUCUUUCUCUUUUGCCUAAUAACCCUAAUUUCUCAUCAUGGCACUAUCGCCCAGCAAGACUUCUUGAAGUAUGUCUGUGGUGAAAGCCCUGCUAACAGCAAUAGUUCCUUCCGAUCCAACCUCAGAAGCCUUUUACUAAACAUGUCUUACAACACACAAAUCGACUAUGGUUUCUACAACUUCUCCUCCAGCAACAACUUCGACAAAGUUUACGUCAUCGGACUAUGCCGAGGAGACAUUAGUGGACAAGAUUGCCGCAGUUGCAUCCAAGACUCGAGGGUGAUUAUUCUCCAAGUAUGUUCACCUAAUGCGAGGGAAGCGAUCGGGUGGUAUGACAUCUGUUUUCUGAGAUACUCAAACCGAUUGAUAUUUGGUGUGAUGGAAACAUCACCGAGUUACAAUUCGUCAGACAGCUCCGACGCUUUGGAGAAAGACGAGUUCAAGAAUGUGUUGAUGCAGAUGAUGAGUUAUCUGAGAGAAAGGGCUGCUUCUAGAGACUCGUUUCGAAAGUUUGCAGUGGCGAAUGUUAGUGGUCCGGGCAAUCAAACCAUGUACGGUCUUGCACAGUGCACGCCGGACUUGUCAAACAAGGAUUGUGACAUUUGCCUGAGCGGGGAAAUCUCUGAUAUUUCUAAAUGUUGUGACGGAAAGAGAGGUGGUCAGGUGGUCCCACCCAGUUGCUAUAUUAGAUUUAGACUCGAUAGCUUCUUUGACGCUUCUGCAUACAAUAAUACACAACCAUUUGUGCAGUCACCGUUACCUCAUCCUGCCUCUAAACAAGCUGAAGCUAAUGAUGCUGCCGACUCAUUGCAAAUGGACUUUGAAACCAUCAGAAUGGCAACAAAUGAUUUUGCUGAUGCAAAUAAGCUUGGACAAGGUGGAUUUGGAGCCGUUUACUUGGGUAGGUUGUAUGAUGGACAAGAGAUUGCUGUAAAAAGGUUGAGCAGGAAUUCUGGCCAAGGUGAUGUGGAGUUUAAGAAUGAAGUGUUGCUAAUGGCCAGGCUACAACAUCGGAAUUUAGUCAAGCUAGUUGGUUUUUGUCUCAAGAAAGAAGAAAGGCUUCUCGUUUAUGAGUUCCUUCCUAACAAAAGCCUUGAUUACUUCAUUUUUGAUCCAAUCAAGAGAGCAUGUUUAAAUUGGCAAAAGCGUGUCAAAAUUAUAGAAGGCAUUUCUCGAGGUCUUCUUUAUCUCCAUCAAGAUUCUCGAGUACAGAUCAUUCACCGUGAUUUAAAGCCAAACAACAUACUUUUAGAUGAAGACAUGAAUGCUAAGAUCUCAGAUUUUGGUAUGGCAAGGUUGUUUGCAGUCGAUCAAACUCAAAGCAACACAAGUACAAUUGGUGGGACUUAUGGAUACAUGGUACCAGAAUAUGCAAAACAUGGAAUCUUUUCAACAAAGUCAGAUGUUUUUAGUUUCGGAGUAUUGGUUUUAGAAAUUGUAAGUGGUCAAAAGAAUGGUGAAUUCCACAAUGGGGAGAACAUAGAGCAUAUAGGAACUGCUGCUUGGAAAAGUUGGAGUAAAGGAAUGUAUUCAAAUAUUGCAGAUCCAACAUUAUUGAUUGAAGAAGAAGGAUCUUCAAGAAGUGAAAUGAUGAGAUGCAUCCAAAUAUGUUUACUAUGUCUUCAAGAAAACGCAGCUCAUAGGCCAUCAAUGGCUUCCAUUGUUACGUUGCUAAGUAGCUCCUCCUGUACCAUCCCAAUUCCUUCAGAACCAUUCUUUUAUAAUUGGACAAGCAUGCCAAGUAUUAAGAUUAUUCCAUCGUCAUCAUCUGGAGAUCAAUCUGUUGAAGAAUCGAGAAAUGAACUUACUUUUACAGAGCAAUUUCCUCGCUAGAUCAUCAUUUUCAAGCAUAU